GCCUCCUAACAACAAACCACCAAUAUGGAACCUUUUCGAGCGGACGUCCCGGUAAACUUGAGUUCGCCAGUACGUAUAGCCUUAUUAGGUGGUGCUAAGACCGGCAAAACCUCGAUUCUCUCCAAACUUAUCCACAAUAUCUACACAGAUACAUACUAUCCCACCGUACAAACAAACUCCAUGCUCUUCACUUACACACCCGAAUCCGAUACCAGCCGUGUGGUGCUUGGAGCUGCCGGUGAGAUUCCCCUGCAGGUAGCCGCCAACGUUGAAUUGAGUCCGGUCUUGAAAAAACUCCGCAAACCACCUUUAUCGCUCAAGAAAAGUCGAACGGUGAGCGACUCGGCAGGUGCCGAUAUUGUGAUUUUGAACGAUUCCCAAUACUACCGCAGCUUCAACUACAAGGCAGACAAACGCCCGAAGCACCCCACCGUGACUCCCAUCCUCGUAGAGGCGAUCGACACCCCAGCGUAUAAGUCAGACUUCAUUCCGUUCCUUGAGUCUUCGCUUUACACCAAUCUUGAUAAAGACGUGCUAAAGAACCUUGCUAACGAGCCGCGGCGGCACGUGCUGACGUUGCCGCUACUUGUGGCAAGUGGUGCCGGCGAGUUGAACGGCUCGGUCGAUGGCUACUUUUAUGUGUACAGUGCUAUACCCUCAUACAGCCCCCCGCUGUAUGAUGACUAUAGCAAACCCGAUUCCACUCCUGGCGACGACAGCUUGACGGUGCUCCACAAAAUUAAAACGUCCAUCGACGAGGCCUGGAAAGAAUACUACACCUAUAAGCUGAAAUGGGAGGAAGGGAAGGAAGCAGACAUUUAUUCGGUUAAAACCGCCAUUAAGAACUUCCUUUCGAGCAAGAACUUCCAAGAAGAGGAGUCCAAAAAAUUCAAAAAGAGGGGCUACCAUACCAACUUGCUUCCGAUUCCCACAGACCCUGCCGACCUGGACUGUCCGCCACCCAUCUGGAUUAUCUGCACCCAUGGUAGUAGUCCCUUGGCAUCACCUAAGCUGAUUGAGAAUGGCCGCAAAACUGCUGCCGAAUGGGGAUGCGGAUUUAUUUGCUUAGACAUCAAAGACGCUUCCAUCGACUACGUAGUUGCCCUUAUGAUUCGGGAGAUAGUUGAGCGCAAGCGACUCCAGCAACUUCGUGAACAAACCUCUAAGAACUGAGCUAUUUAUAUCUCUUUUGUCAAUACAUUCUUUUGCAUCUUUC